AUGGCCCAUAGUGCAAAGGAUGAUCACACUCGAUAUCGUCAAGACGUUAAAAUUGCGAAAAGUUACAAUACUAAUGAUCCAGUUAUUCAAUAUUGCACAAACAUAUCGGUGAAGCAAGAUUUGAUAGAGGAAGAACUUCGCGAAAAGACUAUACGAAGUCAUAAAGACUAUAUUAUGGUUGGAGCACCUGAAGUGCUUCAAAUGGGAAAAAAUAUGAUCAAACUAAUUAAGGCUAAACGUGUUUUGGACAUUGGUACCUUUACUGGAUCUUCUGCAUUAGCAUGGGCUCUUGCUUUGCCAUCAGAUGGUCAAAUAAUAUCAAUGGAUAUUUCACAUGAAAGUCUGGAUAUUAUAGGGAAAGAAAUUUUCGAAAAAAUUCCGGACAUUGCCAGAAAAAUCGAUUUUAGAUUGGGAUCUGCUUUGGAAACAUUGGAUGUUUUGAUAGCCAGUGGUCAAUCGGGGAAAUGGGAUUUCGCAUUUAUUGAUGCCGAUAAGGAAAAUUAUCCAAAUUAUUAUGAACGAUGCGUUCAGCUAUUGAGGACAGGCGGAGUUAUACUUAUUGACAAUGCUUUAUGGAGUGGUGCAGUCACCCAAGAAGAUAAGGAUUACGCCACUCAAUGCAUCGAUAAGACUAACCAGCUCGCCUCUAAGGACAGUCGCGUUGAUAAUCUUCUACUCACUCUUGGUGACGGCACACACUUGAUUUUCAAACUUUAA